AGUCUUGGUUUACCUUUUCUCCCGGACCUCCGAGCUGGCAUCUGGAACCUCGGAGCCCAUUGACUCGAACGUCUUCCUUCUGUAGAAAGAAAAACUGGGACGUCAGAACGCAGCAGGAAGAGGUCUCCUGCCCAGGAGAACUUACACUUUGCAAACUAUUCCUCACUCUGAAAGUGAUUAAUUAAACCGCUACUUGAUCUCUAAAACCUGUCUGUAGGCCUGCUUUGUGCAGCUCCAGCUGGUCCCAGUUUAGAGACCAAGUAAAUACGGUAUGUAUCGGUGGCAGCAGUUUUAAGGGGUGGACAUAGAAGUGAAGCCUUGAACUCUAGUAGGUGAGGGAAGGGACGAGGUGCCGCUGGACCUUUCCCCCCGAGUUCCAACACUUCGCAUCUGGCAAAUUCAGCGUUCCAAUUCUCUGCUCUACCUACCAUCAGGCUCGGCCUUUGAUCAAGCCCGCCUUUUCCUGUGAGGAACAUCCCAGGGAAAAACAAUCAGCUCUCUCCAUCAGACACUUCACCAGGACCAGAGAGAUGACUGCUGGUCCAAGGACUUCAGGUGAAGACAGCAGAGAGGCUACUGAGGAGCACGGUCAUGGUCAUGGAAGCGAAACAACAGGGAGGCGGGAGCGGAAGAGGAGGAGAUAUGAAUGGACCGUCACUGAAGUCAAGGAUACUGGAAUUAAGAUGAAGAGAAGAAGAGUGGCUCCCUUCAACUCCAGGGACCUUGUAGUUCUCUACCAGCUGCUGAAAAAUCCAAUCAUCAAGAAAUUUUUGAAGACCGAUGUGAAAUACUUGACCAACCCUAAGACUCUCUUGUCUCUGGUAGUGGACUAUUUUGGCCUUCUGGGGUUUCGUGACCAGCCUUACAGCAGCGUACAUUUCUGCAUGGCCCUCUACUCUGCAUGUCAGCUGGACAAGGUCGACCAAUCCUUCAAAUGGUACAUGCUGUCUGUCAUUCUUGGAAGCAACUGGCCCAAAAGAUCCUCCAAAAAGAAAUGGCCUAUGCAGAUUGAGAUUCUUAUGGUCAUCGUCUGGAAAGCCUGGGUGAAACAGGUCGUCUCUAACGAGGUCAACGUUCAGAACAGCGGGGAGGACCUGGGCUAAAGCGUUCCCAAUAUGCUUCUGUAGUUUGCCCUGCUGGUCAGAAAGUCUUAUGUUCAUACUACAUGUAUUGCUGUUGUCUGAGGGCUAAUACACAUUGCCAGCCCAUAAAAAGUGUUUUAUCACUUAAUAAAAGUUGUUGAACCAA